UUCUUGAUUUUAUUAUUGGCAUGGACCUAUAAUAAGUUUUGAAGACAUUUCAUGUUGAAAAAAAUGUUACACAAAUAAUACCCUUGAGGGAUGACAUCUGAGAAGAUUACAAACCCUUUGGAGCAGUUUGUUCUGCUGGCAAAGUCCGCCAAAGGGGCUGGGGCGGUGGAAUUGAUCAAGCAAGUCCUUGAAGCUCCAGGGGUGUAUGUGUUUGGAGAAUUGCUGGAGAUGCCACACAUACAAGAGCUGUCCACUGGUGACCAAAAAGGCUACUUCAAUCUGCUAAACCUGUUUGCCUAUGGAACACACAGGGACUACAAGGAAAAAAAAUCAGAAUUGCCAGAAGUUACCCCAUCCAUGCUCAAUAAACUCCGGCAUCUCACAAUGGUAUCCUUGGCAACCAAAUCUAAAUGUAUACCAUAUAGAGUAUUACUGGAAGAGCUUGAUAUUCCCAACCUGAGAACACUGGAGGAUCUUAUAAUUGAGGUGAUAUACGCAGACAUCAUUCGUGGAAAACUGGACCAGAAGAAUCAGCAACUAGAAGUGGACUAUGCCAUCGGCCGGGACAUUCGCCCUGAGGCUGUUCCCGAGAUCAUAGCUGUAUUACAGGACUGGUGUUUGGGGUGUGAAGCGGUCCUACAGGGAAUCGAAACACAGAUCACAAAGGCAAACACAAAUAAGGAGAAUGUUUUACGCCAGAAACAGAGGAUGGAAACAGAGAUCACAAAUAUCAAGAAGACCUUGAAGACAACCCACGCAGAGGAAGAGAACAUGGUAACGGAGUCUGUAUCCAUUACAGCUGAUAAGCCCGCUAAAAAGACUGCAAAAACUAAAGGGUUACGAGGAAGCAGUGGAACCAAGUUGUGGAAGUGAAGAUUGUGACAGUUUGGUGACUGGACGUUGGUUUAUCUGUGAUGAUAUAUAUGAAGUUAUUCAGGACAUGGUACUGGGAAAUACUGAGUGAUACCUGUCCGGGAUUCAUUAAGGAACUUGGACUCGUGUUUCAAAUUAGACAGCCUUGAAAAAGAUAUAUAUUUCAUUAACUAAAAGUUUCAUUCACAAUGUACAUUUGAAUACCAUGAGAGAAAUAUGAAUAUUGUUCUCUCAAUUGUCUAUAUUUUGUUCAGUAAUUACAAUCAUUUGAAUCAAACUCAAAAUCAGAUAAAAAUGAUUUUAUAGCAACACUGAAAAGUUUAUCACUUUUUUAUACUUGGAUGAUGAUACACAAUAUACUAGAAUUAAGGUAACCCAGUCAGAUAUGCAAAAGACAAAAACAAAUAAAAUAUUAAUUUCUAUUUUACACACAGCUUCGUACAUGUAAGGAAUAAUAGGCAAUAAGACUUUUCAUGAUACAAUGUAGGGGACUUGAUAAAUCAUAGAAGCGCUUGUACAAUAUACAUGUGUAUGAAUGUAUAUUUCACGAAUGCUUUUAUUUAUUGUUCGUAACUUUCAUCCGAUGUUCUUUUAUAUGUGUACUAGGUAAUCAUUUAUUAUUGUCUGUAUUACUGAAAUAUUAUUUGAGAAACUUA